CUUCACAGGAUAGAAAAAUGAAAGUUAUAUCUAUCUAAAUAGGCAAGAUCUUACGGAAAGUCUUUCGACAGAUAAAGUACGAUCUAGUCAGUAAUAGUCUUUUCUUUAAUAGUAGCGGCAUUCCCCCAUUGAUUUUUACCACAAAUAACACCAUGAACUUAGAAUUACUUGAUCAAAUUAUCUUACCCGCUUGUUGGACUGCUUUCUGUCUGGUAGGUGGUCUAGCCUGUUACUACUACUCUUCUCGUCGUUUAUUAAAAAAACGAGAAAGGGACGAAGACCCAUCACUGGCCAGGUUAGAUGAUCAGGGAACAUCGUCGGAUCCUUCUGCUCUUGCAGAAGCGAAUCCUGGUGUUUCCGGGGUCCCGCCAGCUACACACGAAGUAGUAGAAAAUCACCUUCAGGACAUGGAUCCUGGUCUUCUUAAUGCAAUGUCGGAUGUAUUUUCUAACUCGCUUGUAAUAUAUAAAAUCUUAGUCAG